AUGGCUGAGAGAGAAGCAACAAUAGCUCCAAAAUCUCUUGAAGAUUUUGAUCCUCCAAAGAAACUCAAAAGGAACAAAUUAUCUUGUGCUUAUGCUAUCUUGGCUUCUAUCACUCCUAUAUUACUUGGCUAUGAUAUUGGUGUGAUGAGUGGAGCAGCUAUCUAUAUCAAAAGAGACCUUAAAGUUACUGACGUACAGAUUGAAAUUCUCCUAGGCAUCAUAAACCUUUACGCUCCCAUAGGUUCUUAUAUUGCAGGGAGAUUCUCUGACUGGUUUGGUCGGCGUUACACGAUUGUCCUCGCCGGUGCAAUUGCCUUCACCGGAGCUAUUCUUAUGGGACUUUCUCCAAACUAUGCAUUUCUCAUGUUUGGUCGUUUCUUCGCUGGUGUUGCAGUAGGUUUCUUCUUCAUUGCUUCUGUUUAUAUCUCUGAAGUGUCACCCAGUUACUCUCGAGGAUUCCUCACUUCUUUACCUGAGGUAUUUGUGAAUGCGGGAAUUUUAAUCGGAUACAUCUCAAAUUUUGGAUUUUCGAAAUUGCCUUUACGUUAUGGUUGGAGAGUGAUGCUUGGAAUCGGCGUCAUUCCGUCUAUAUUCUUAGCUGUAGCCGUAUUAGCCAUGCCAGAGUCACCUAGGUGGCUUGUUUCUAAGGGUCGAUUAGGGGAAGCCAAAAAAGUUCUCCGAAAAAUUUCAGAUUCUAAAGAAGAGGCUCAACAAAGGCUAACUGAUAUUAAAGAGAUAAUAGGGAUUCCCUCAGAUUGCGAUGACGAUAUUGUACCAGUCACAAAAGUUCAAGGAAAAGGUGUAUGGAAAGAAAUAUUUCUUCAUCCUACACCUGCGGUUCGUCACAUCUUCAUUGCCUGCAUUGGGAUUCAGUUCUUCCAACAAGCCACUGGUAUAGACGCUGUCGUUUUGUAUAGUCCUGAAAUCUUUGAGAAGGCUGGGAUCAAGUCUGACACAAAUAAACUUCUUGCAACUAUAGCAGUUGGAUUCGUGAAAACAAUAUUCAUUUUAGUAGCCACUUUUUUAUUGGAUCGUGUUGGGAGGCGCAUGUUGUUGUUAACUAGUGUUGGUGGGUUAAUAAUCUCACUUCUUACAUUGGCGGUUAGUCUUACUAUUAUUGAAAACUCACGCACCACGCUGAAUUGGGCUAUAUGGCUUAGUAUAACAACAGUGUUAUCAUAUGCGGCAACAUUCUCAAUUGGGUUGGGUCCAAUUACAUGGGUUUAUUGUUCCGAGAUAUUUCCGUUGAGGCUUCGAUCUCAAGGCGUGUCUAUUGGAGCAGUAGAAUUGCGAAUUUUCUCAUGGAUCUUUCAUUAUAUUAUGCUCCCUGAAACACAAGGUAAAACUCUAGAGGAAAUAGAAGAGUCUUUUGGUAAUUUUUGGAGAAAGUCGAAUGCUAGUCUCACUACUGAAGGAGUAAACAAUUAA